AUGAAUAACGAUCCUAAAAUUUCAGUACAAGUAAAUCCAGAUGAAGACACAGAAUGGAAUGAUAUACUACGUGCUCAUGGAGUAAUACCAGAAAAACCACCAUCUCCAACACAACAAUUAGAAGAAGCAUUAGAUGAAGCAGUUAAAAAACAGUAUGAAAAUAGAUUAGAAAAUAAAGAUUUAGAAGAAUUAAAUGAAUUAGAAGAUGAAGAAGAUGAAGAAUUUUUAAAUUUUUAUAAACAGAAACGAUUUAAUGAAAUAAAGAAAUUAUCAGAAAAGAAAAAAUUUGGUUCUAUAAUACCAAUAAGUAAAAAUGAAUAUGAAGAUGAAGUAACAAAAGCAUCAAAAGAUUCAUAUGUAAUAGUCCAUUUAUCAUUACAAUCAAAUUUACAAAGUAGAUUAUUAAAUUCUUUAUUACAAGAAUUAUCAAAAAAAUUUCCUGAAUUAAAAAUUUGUGAAAUUCCUGCUCAAAGAUGUAUUGAAAAUUAUCCUGAAACAAAUUGUCCAACUUUAAUUAUAUAUCAUAAUGAAAAUGUUUUAAAACAAUAUAUUACUUUAACUCAAUUAGGUGGGAAUUCAACAACUUUAAAAGAUUUGGAAAAAGUAUUAGUUGAUCUUGGAGCAAUAAAUGAAAAUGAUAAAAGAUUAGUUAUUAAUGAUGAAGAUGAAGAUUUACAAGAAUCAAGAAGAUUAAGGUUUGCUAAGAAAUCAAUUAGAAAUAAUGACCAGGAUGAUGAUGAUGAUGAUGAUGAUUUUUAUGAUUAG